CUCUUAUCAUAAAGUAGGUUGUGCCAAACAUAAAUGCCCUAUAAUUUUCUCACAGCUUCCGAAACGACUUACGGCAAAAUCACCCUGUAGUACUUGACAAGCUCCGCCCACAGAAUCCAGGCGAAUAGUUGCAAGGAUAUUUUAGGGGUUGACACAGCCACUGAGCAAAACAGGACCUUUAUCUGAGUUGUGGCAUUUCCAAUUGGAUCUGCGAUGGUAUAAAAGGACCAGAAUUCCCAGGAGAUGUUCUCAUUACAAAUUUAAACUUAUUACAGAAAGCAAGCAGUGCUCUUACCAAUUACAAACAUACGUUUUAAAUUAAGUAAUCAAUUUUUAAAUAACCAAUUUGCAUUUAACAAAAAAAUGUCGCGCAAUCAAUUACCAGAUUCAUCCUCGUCUCCACCAAUAAGCCAUUUGCCAUAUCAUAACUUUGAUGACGAUCUUAUCAAUGAACUGCCUUCCUGCAUCUAUGCAGGGCAACAUCAAAGUGGCGUCGGUGCUCCUGGAGGUGCACCAGGUGGCAUCUCCUCAGGUGGGUCUGGAUUGCGUCUUAGCUCCAACAAUCUCCGCCACAUUCAGCAGCAUUAUUUGCAGCACAAUAAUGAAAAUCUACUAGACUCCUCUACGAAUACCAAUACGCUGGUGGGGCUCAAUUCCAAUAGUGCCACGCCCAUGAUGUGCAAUAGUCCGAGUGCCAGCAGCAGCGGCGGUGGCGGCGGCGGUGCUGGAACUGCAGGAGGCAACGGUGGAGGGGGCGUUCCUGGACCCAGUUCGGGACCCGGACCAAACAAUGGCAGCUAUGGAGCAGCUGCGGCAUCCAGCUAUAAGAUUCAAAGGCAGCAGGCGAAUGUGCGGGAAAGGAAACGCAUCCAGAGGUCCGCACCAACUGGGUACACUAAAUGUAGCAUAAAUUCAGCUUUUGAUGAACUGCGCGUCCAUGUGCCCACAUUUCCAUACGAGAAGCGUCUUAGCAAGAUUGACACACUACGAUUGGCUAUCGCCUAUAUAUCCCUGCUGCGAGAGGUUCUGCAAACGGACUACGAUCCUCUCACCUAUGUGGAGAAGUGUCUGAGAGGCGAAAUCAAAGCAGAUCGUGCCAAUUGGAAUACCAGCGAUUUGACGGCACGUCUCUCCUGGAUCAAUUGGGAGAAUCUAGGAGUACAUCCUGGACGUCGUACACUGCUCACUUCGCUUGCUUUAUCCUCGGAGCCCAUGUGCGGUGCUCAUUGUGGAAUGCCAUAAAUUGCAAGCUGAACUGGACUAGUUUCUCAUUAACCAAAGAAUAUUUAAAAUAUUCACAUAAGAAUUACAUCUCCUUUCCAGUUGUUAAAAUUAGAAAUCAUUGCAUACCCCAAAAAGAAUGCUAUGAAAAUUUGAAACUAUAAUAUUUAAUCCUAGUGUAGUUCUUAAUGUAUUUAUGUCUUCCCUCUAUAA